GCAACAGCUAGCGAGACCGCUAGCCAGUUUUGUUCUCUCGUUAGAAAUUAAUCUCGUUUUAUUAUGGCCACAAUGUCCGGAGGAACGAACCUCGGGAUUCCCGGGACGAGCCAGACCAGCUCCGUGUCGGCUGCGCAUCGGAAAAAAGACAGCAGUCCUUCCGCGAGGUUCUGGGAGAGUCCGGAUACUUUAGCCCAGCUGGAGGUGGUGCGACAGUGGAUCGGGAAGCACUACAAAAAGUAUGUGUUGGUGGAUGCUCCAUCGUGCCAGGCCCUGGCUGCGGUCACCUUACAGCUGCUCCAGUUUCAGGAGGAUGCCUUUGGCCGACAAGCUACCAGUCCCGCUCUCACCAAACUGCCUGCACAGUGCUUCCUGGAUUUACGACCAGGGGGUGGACUCUGCCACAUUCUUGGCACUGCCUACAAGUUCAAGGCUGAGCAAGGCUGGCGAAGGUUUGACUUGCAGAAUCCAUCAAGAACUGAGAGGAAUGUGGAGAUGUUUGGUACAAUUGAAGGGGCACUGAUCCAGAACAACUGUAUGUCACAGCCUGUGGUAUAUCUGGACCCCACGCUCGAUCAGGAGUUGGCAAGCAGACUGACCGGUAUCAUCACCAAGCACCAGGGUACACUCACUGAGGACCGAACACUCGCCAGUCACCACAUCUACCCUUCACCUGCUUCUACAGAAGAAGAUGAAUGGAUGCGUCCUGUCAUGCGAAAAGACAAGCAUGUCUUGGUACACUGGGGCAUGCAUCCUGACAGUUAUGACAGCUGGCUGUCCUCAAGUGAUGUUGAAGGAGAGGUUGAAGAGCCACCACCUCCAGAGAGACCCUGGAGGGUCCAUGCUGGUUGGGUUCUGGACACAGAUGCUUUCAAUGAAUGGAUGAACGAGGAAGACUAUUGUGUGGAUGAGAGGAGCGUACCAGUAAUCCUCCGCCAGCGUAUUCACCUCCGAGAUGACCAGGACCAAAAGUCCACCCCAACCAAAAAGAGAAGACGGUCCCCCUCGCCUCCAUCCUCUGAAGGCAGGAAGAAAGGAAAGAAGGGAAGAAGGCGUGGGCAACAAGAAGAAGAGCCAGAAGAGGACCUGACCAAAGACAUGGAGGAUCCAACCCCUGUUCCUAACAUGGAGGAGGUCAUACUACCCAAGAAUGUCAACCUGAAGAAAGACAGUGAGAAUACUCCUGUCAAAGGAGGCACCAUGGCUGACCUGGAUGAACAGGAGGAUGAUUUUCCUGGAAGGGAGGAUGAAGAGGGAAGAGGCGAGAUGCCGCGCUUAUCAGAGGGAGAGGACAACAUCACAGAACAAACCCAUCACAUUAUAAUACCAAGCUACACCUCUUGGUUCAAUUACAACAGCACUCACUUGAUAGAGAAACGUGCAUUGCCUGAAUUCUUUAAUGGAAAGAACAAGUCCAAAUCUCCAGAAAUUUACCUGGCAUACCGCAACUUCAUGAUCGACACAUACCGGCUCAACCCCCAGGAAUACCUCAGUUCAACGUCCUGCAGGCGCAACCUCACAGGAGACGUCUGUGCUGUCAUGAGGGUUCAUGCCUUUUUGGAGCAGUGGGGUUUGAUUAACUACCAAGUGGAUGCAGAGAGCAGACCCCUGCCCAUGGGACCCCCACCCACCCCUCAUUUCAACGUACUGGCUGACACUCCGUCCGGGCUAGCCCCCCUACAACACAAACCCCUGCAGGUGUCCGCCUCGCAGCACAUGUUGUAUUUCCCAGAAAAAAGCAGAGAGAAGCCUUCAGACUGCCAGAACUUCGGUCUGCGCACCGACAUCUACGCCAAGAAACACCCUAAGACUAAAGGAGCGAGUGCAGGAAGGGAAUGGACAGAGCAAGAGACACUCUUGCUGUUAGAGGCCUUAGAGGUUUACAGAGACGACUGGAAUAAAGUGUCUGAGCAUGUUGGCUCCAGAACACAGGAUGAGUGUAUUCUCCACUUCCUCCGACUGCCGAUAGAAGACCCUUAUCUAGAAGACUCCUCUGCCUCUCUGGGUCCCCUGGCGUACCAGCCCGUGCCUUUCAGCCAAUCGGAGAACCCCGUAAUGAGCACCGUGGCCUUCCUUGCAUCCGUGGUGGACCCGCGGGUGGCAUCGGCUGCAGCUAAGGCCGCGCUGGAGGAGUUUUCCCAAGUGCAGGAGGACUCCUUGGAUAAGGUCUCUGAAACAUCCAACCAGCCCGAAAAAACAGAAUCAAUGGAUGUGGAAAAAAUGGAGACAAACUCUGCCUCCCAUCAGGUCCCUGGAAGGGGGGAUGGGCUCAAGGUGGAAUCCACUGGGGCAAAAGUGGAGGGAGAUCGAGUCAAAAGGGAAAAUGCGGAAAAUAUACUUGCAGAGGACAGAGAUGGAAGGGGGGAUGACGAUGAGAGCGCAGGGCGGCGAGAGGGAGACGGGGACGAGGGGAGGAGAGGGAUGGAGCUGGAGCUUGUGGAGGGCAGCGUUGCCACGGCAGCAGCAGCAGCUCUGGCCUCAGCUGCCACAAAGGCCAAGCACUUGGCGGCAGUAGAAGAGAGGAAGAUCAAGUCCCUGGUGGCUCUGCUGGUUGAGACUCAGAUGAAGAAGCUGGAAAUCAAGCUGAGACACUUUGAGGAGCUGGAGACCAUCAUGGACCGCGAGAAAGAGGCUCUGGAGCAACAGCGGCAGCAGCUUUUAUCAGAGAGACAGACUUUCCACACGGAGCAGCUAAAACAGGCAGAGAUGAAGGUCCGCCAGCAGAGGGAGCAGCAGGGGCAGCCAGGAUACACAAUGCAGCAUUCAGUCCCCCCUCCUUCUUCAGGCCAGCCCAUGCCCAAUCGGAUGAUGCCCAGCGGAGGCAAUACCCAGCCGAUGGCCCCCCGACUCCCUGGAGCUCCCAAUGGCAUGUACCCGUCCUCACAGCCUGAUGGGAUUGCACCAGCUCAGCCCGGUCCUCCAGCCUCCACCCACAGCUGAAAUAACCAGAAAACAAGACACCCGCGCACACACACACCAGUCCUUUUUUCAACCAGUAUAACACGCUCAUAGAAAUGUAACACUGGCGUAAAUGUUCAGGAACAACUGCUUAAAAUUGAAGUCUGUAACUCCUCAGUUGUCACAAGUUUAUAAAUAUUGAAAUAUUUGUUCUCUGAUGGCAGAGUUGAGAAAUCUGCAGAUUGAACUCAACUCAAUAAAGCUGUUUUAUAUGAAACUUUUCUCUUAUUGUCUGUC